UUACUGGCCCAAUGCUCUAACCAUUAGGCUACAGUGUAGUACACUAAAGAAAAUUAGUAUAGUUCAGUAGAGUAAAGUGGAGAAUAGUUCAGUACAGUAAGCACAAUAGAAUAGAGUACAGUAAGGAAAAGUAGUGUAUAGAUCAGUACAGUACUGUAGAGUUCAGUACGGUUCACAGUACUAGUCGGGUACAAUAUAAUCUACUUUACUAUACUGUACUGAACUCUACUGUUCUGUAUUGUACUGUACUCUACUGAGCUCUAUGCUGUAUUUUGAUGUCCAAACAUGUGAAACCUAGACUGUCCAGACCAACCAAAUUUGUUCUUAUUUGGGGGCAGCUCUAGCUCAUUAAAACAGCCAGUGUGUAGAAUAGUACCCAAAUAUGGAUGAUAUUACAUAUUUAUACCUUUUUGUGUACCUUUUUAGGAUACUUCACCAUGAAGAGAAUGCCAUUUUAUAUCCAUAAUUAUGCAUUUCUGUGUAGAUCAGGGACCCAUAUUUAAAUUCUGUUACUGCAAUGCCAUUACCGGGUGUAAAUCCACUAACUGUAGUUCAUUAAAUAGUAAAUUUGCCAUGUCAUAGCUGACACCCCAUUCUUUCUGCAGACAUUGUUGAAUUUGAAUUUGGAGAAGAUAUUUCAGUUUUUGGGAAACAUGAACACAAAAAAAUGGAGGAAGAUUUUACCGAAAUUCUGUUACCAAAUUUGCAUCUGCACAGUUCUUCUGUCUAAAUGAGAGGAUUACGACGCCUCUCCCUAGCCUCAGUGGCUAUGGUUUGGGGCAGGGUUCCCUGCAGACUAAACAGCAGAUGGGGACAACCCCCCGCUCCUUUGGGAGCGAGGAUUCUGACCAACCCUGAGGACGUCUUCCAGCAUAACAUGUGGGACCAUGUGAAAUGGUCUGAGGAAGAGAAAGAAAAAGCCAGACAAAAGGCAGACGAUAAUUCUAGCUUACGCAUUCCAUUAGAAGAGCAAGGCAAAUAUGACAUAGACGCCUGUAAAUACUGGGACAGCUUUUAUGAGAUGCACCAGGACAAGUUCUUUAAAGAUCGCAAGUGGCUGUUCUUGGAGUUCCCAGAGCUUCUUCCUUUGGGGCUAGAGAGCAGUGCUACUGAGGAGAGACUGUGCGGGCUGCGUGCCCCAUGCCCAGAGCCUGGUGUGUCCGGCAGGGAGAAAGAGAUGGGCCAGCAGCGGCAACAUGCACCCAGUCAUCAGCACAUAGAUCCACUGACUAGUGAUUGCCAGCAGUCCGGUAAUCAAGAUGGGAGAGACACUGCAGGGGCUGCCAGGCAGACCAGCUCUUUCCCAGGCGAACAUGCAACUUUCAGGAUCUUAGAGGUUGGAUGUGGGGCUGGUAACAGUGUGUAUCCUAUUGUCAGCUCUAUUAAAGACACAGGGGCAUUCUUAUACUGCUGUGACUUUUCCCCUCGUGCUGUCCAGCUGGUCAAGGACCACCCAGACUAUGACCAGUCUGUGUGUCACGCCUUUGUUCAGGACGUCUGUGACGAGGUGGGCUCCUUUCCGUUCCCUCCACUGAGCCUGGAUGUUAUUCUGCUGGUCUUCGUGCUGUCCUCAAUUCACCCCGAGCGAGUCCAAGGAGUUGUGACCCGGUUGUCUCAAUUCCUGAAACCCGGAGGGAUACUCCUCUUCCGGGAUUAUGGCAGAUAUGACCUAUCACAACUACGGUUUAAAAAAGGUCAAUGCUUGUCAGAGAAUUUCUACUCAAGGGGAGAUGGAACUUGUGUUUAUUUCUUCACAAAAGAUGAAGUUCACAGUUUAUUUUCCAAUGCUGGUUUGGAAGAAAUUCAGAAUCUGGAGGAUAGGCGACUUCAGGUGAACAGAGGGAAGAAAGUUGUAAUGCGCAGAGUGUGGAUGCAAAGCAAGUUUAAAAAACCUCAACCACUAGCACCACCAUUGUAGUCUACCACCACGGUCCCUGCUCGGACCAACAUGUUGCCCCAGGUUGGCUUUACCAAGGACUUGUCUAUCCAAAUCAGAGGUCAGAGGGAGGUCAUAAGCAUGACUCAAUGCAGUGAGAUGUGUUAGUGUGAUGCAUUUACAGUACCACUGGGAUGGAUCAUUAUCGGGCUGAAGGAGUGGUCAACUAUCGUGCCAAGGAAGUACCUUCUUGUUGUUGUGUGCUUAUUAUGGGUUUCACAUGCCAUGUAUGUAAAACUCACUUUUUGUAAGGAGACAAAUAUAAUUUAUUUGUCUGGUUGAGUGUAUGCAUACAUAUACAUAUUUAAUUAAACAGUUUUAUGUUGUAUAAACCCAUAAAAUGAAAAUCUGUGAAUAAUACUGUCAUAAAAAUGACUUAUUUGUACCUUCCUUAGUUGGACAUUAAAAUUGUACCUGCUACA